CUCUCGCAGGUGAAACAAACUGUUCCUGUUCCGCCGUUUCGGUCCCGUGUGUACCCCGUGCCCGCGGAAUUAUUUUCUCUUCUAUGACUAUUCGUGCAGACGUGCUGGAUCCAGAAUCCGAUGUGUUCAACCGCGGCAGACGGCCUCGGCCUUGCUACUGUUACCAGUGUACUAUGUCAUUGAGAGGAUCCGUCUGAACGAGCCAAGAAUCAGAUUUCUCUGCGCGACCUCCCAGUCGCCACGUGCUUCGCAUCCUUUGCGUUUCUUUCCUUUUGUUUUUCUCUCCACACUUUUUCCUUUUUUCGCUCUGCACGCUGCGCGUGUGUGCAUCGGAUUGACACUCGACGUUCAUCAGCGGGCCUGAAUAAUUAGCGGAUCAGAAUGUACGGGCCGAUUUUCUUAGUUACCAUUCUCGGGGCAUUUCACGAAAUUGCCGCUGCUUCGCAACACAUUAACAAAGAUCUUACGAGCCACUACAAUGCUCGUUUCCACGUUUAUGAAGAACCGUACAGUAUCGACUUCACAUAUCAUAAUUAUGACCAAAUGAGUCGUUUUCUACGUACAACGUCCCUGCGAUUUCAGAACCUCACUGCCUUAUAUUCCAUAGGAAAGUCCGUGAAAGGUCGUGAUUUGUGGGUAAUGGUUGUUUCCUCCUCGCCUUACGAGCAUAUGAUCGGUAAGCCUGAUGUGAAAUAUGUAGCCAAUAUACAUGGGAAUGAAGCCGUGGGUCGUGAAUUAAUGUUACAUCUGAUUCACUUCUUCGUGACGAAGUAUGGAUCGGAUCCAUAUGUCACGUGGCUUUUAGACAAUACAAGAAUUCACAUUCUCCCAUCGAUGAAUCCUGAUGGUUUCGAAGUUUCCAAAGAAGGAUAUUGCGAAGGUGGUCAAGGCAGGUACAACGCACGUGGUUUCGAUCUAAAUCGGAACUUCCCGGAUUACUUCAAACAGAACAAUAAAAAGAGCCAACCGGAAACAGAAGCUGUGAAAGAAUGGGUUUCUAAAAUUCAAUUCGUUUUAUCCGGAAGCUUGCACGGAGGUGCCUUGGUUGCCAGUUAUCCUUUCGACAACACGCCUAACUCGCUGUUUCAGAGUUAUACAUCGGCGCCGAGUAUUUCGCCAGACGACGACGUAUUUCAACAUUUGUCGCUGAUGUAUUCACAAAACCAUAGAUCCAUGUACCAAGGAUUGCCAUGUUCGCCAUCUCAACCAGGAUUUAAAAAUGGUAUCACUAAUGGAGCACAAUGGUAUCCACUCACCGGCGGAAUGCAAGACUUUAACUACGUUUGGAACGGAUGUAUGGAAAUUACACUAGAACUUUCGUGCUGUAAAUAUCCACCUGCCUCUGAUCUGCAAUUUUACUGGGAGGAAAAUCGUGUGGCUCUCAUUAAAUUCUUAGCGGAGGCUCAUAGAGGAGUCCGUGGGUUUGUCAUCGAUGAAAAUGGAAAUCCCAUUGAGAGAGCUUCCAUUAAAGUGAAAUCGAGAGAUGUUAGUUUUCUGACUACAAAAUAUGGCGAAUUUUGGAGGAUUCUACUGCCAGGAAUGUAUAAACUAGAGGUAUAUGCAAAUGGGUAUCUUCCUCGUGAUGUAGAAUUUAGAGUGGUAGAGCAACAUCCAACGACUUUCAAUGUAACAUUACAUAGAGCAAACAGACAUCCAGGUGAAGACGAAACUGGAUCCAACUUUUAUAAUGGAAACAGAGACAGUAUUAACCGAGAUCACGUGAUACAUUUUCGACCACAUUCUGGAAGCAAUACAGCAUCCGAAGCAAACAGCGGUAUCUUCUCAUCCCUUAGUAAUGGAUUCAAUUCCUUCGUCAAUAAUUGGUUCGGGUGAUUAAUCAUGAGUUAGCGAACCGCUAAUACUUUCGCGUCACUGAGUUUUCAUACGAACCUUAUACUGGCCAACA